CCAUGAAAUCACUUCCGGCAAAAUUUUGCUCAGUUGUCUCAGCUUUGCCUCAUCAAAUUCAUGUUUUUGCCCAUUUCCAGACUAAAUUCUUCAUAAACUUUUGAUCUGCUUGGUCAAGUAAAGAACAGAGAUCAUGUCUGACAGAAAAAAAGAGCUUGAGCGUAAGAAGAAACAGCUGCAGGAGCUUCGAGAAAAGAAGAAAAAAGAUGCUGAGGAAAAGAAACGAAUGGUCGAUGAGGCAGCUCUGCGUGCCCCUGCUGCAGCCUCAGCGGCCGACCCAAGGUCAGAAAUGGAUCAGAUCUUCAGUGAAUUCGGUCUUCCUCCAACAGCUGAAGGUGGCGCCAGAGCAGCCCCUGGUUCACCGGCUAAAAGCAAGUCCAGUACUCCGAGUCAAGGCAGUCAGGACUCGGGAGAUAUGCCCGUUCCGCAGCCGAGUCCCAAGAUGAAGGCAAAGUUAGGAAUUUUCAAAGCGACACAGACAAACAUUCCUCCCAAGGAGAUGGUCUCGUACAGCAAGGAGACACAAACACCAACAGAAACACAUGACAAAGAUGCACGCUCCUGGGACUAUUACGACGAUUUACACUCUUGGCACGACUCUCUCACCAGUGUUUCAUGCUCGGGUUCACUUUAUGGGUCGCCAAGACACGGCACCACCGGUUCCCCGAGAUUUUAUCACGAACAUCUGGAAUGGGAUGACGAAUUUUUGACCGAAGGCAACCUCUAUGUUCUGACCUACGAUACUGGACUCCACACAGAUGACGACGUCGACAGCCUCGAUGUGAGCGUGACGCCGCCGGCACACCUGCGCGGAAUGCCGCACGUUGAAGCCAUCAAGCCGGCGCAGGCGGAAGAAAAAGAGGAGAAGAAGGAAGAGAAAAUUGAAGUCCGUGAACUUAGCGAGGAAGAGAAGCGUAGUAUCAUGAUGACAGAGGAGUUUCAGUCGUUCGUCACGCGGUCGACCAAUGUGAUUGAGCGAGCUUUAGCCGAGGACAUUGACUUCCUGGUUGACUAUGCUGGUGGGGACGGCGAAGACUUGGAAUCUGAUCUUCAGGCUGGUGAAAAGCUGAAACUCGGCCGCCAGUUCUUCGAUGAAAGAUGGUCAAAACACCGCACUGUGACCUGCAUGGAUUGGUCGACUCAGCAUCCCGAGCUCCUCGUUGCGUCGUAUAAUAACAAUGAGGAAUCUCCCCAUGAGCCGGACGGUGUCGCCCUCAUCUGGAACAUCAAGUUCAAGAAGACCACUCCGGAAUAUAUCUUCCAUUGUCAGUCGGCAGUGAUGUCAACAUGCUUUGCCAAGUUCCAUCCAAACCUGGUGGUCGGCGGAACUUACUCUGGUCAGAUAGUACUGUGGGAUAACAGGAGUAAUAAGCGUACGCCCGUACAGAGGACGCCACUCUCUGCAGCAGCUCAUACGCAUCCUGUAUACUGUGUAAAUGUGGUUGGUACCCAGAAUGCCCACAACCUGAUCAGCGUCUCCACUGAUGGGAAAAUGUGCUCAUGGAGUCUGGACAUGCUGUCUCAACCUCAGGACAGUAUCGAGCUACAACACAAACAAACCAAGUCUGUGGCUGCAACUUGCUUCUCAUUCUUGAGUGGUGACGUCAAUAACUUUGUGGUCGGGAGUGAGGAAGGUGCUGUUUAUACUGCCUGUAGGCACGGAAGCAAAGCAGGCAUCAGUGAUAUGUUUGAAGGUCACCAGGGCCCAGUGACCGGGAUUGACUGCCAUAACGUACAGGGACAGAUUGAUUUCUCACAGCAUUUCUUGACGUCGUCGUUUGAUUGGACAGUGAAACUAUGGAGCAUGAAGGAUCAGAAAGCCUUAUAUUCAUUUGAAGACAACAGUGAUUACGUUUACGAUGUGUGCUGGUCACCUAUUCACCCGGCGGUGUUUGCAAGUGUGGAUGGCAUGGGCCGAUUGGAUAUAUGGAAUCUCAAUAACGAGACAGAGGUUCCAACCACUAGUACUUACGUUGAGGGUAACACUGCACUGAACAGAUGUCGCUGGCACCAGAGUGGACACCAGAUCGCUGUUGGAGAUGACAUGGGAAAGAUCCAUAUUUAUGAUCUAAAUGAGCAUAUCGCCUCCCCCAAGGUUGAUGAGUGGACCAAGUUUGCACAGACCUUGCAAGAGAUUCGGAAUAACGCUGCAGACCGCGAUGAGGACUCUCAAAAUAUUACUUCACCCCUUCGAUAGAGUUAAAGACAACCAGCUGAACCGUAUUAGAAACCUGUGCUAAAAUGCUGUCACUUAAACAUGAUUCAAUGUUAUUGAUUUUUUGGUCGACAGUAGCAACUGGAAAUCUUUUUGUCUUUGUGAAUAAAAGGACUUGUAGAAAGCUUCUAAAUCCAGAUAAAAAGUGUGCUUUCCUUAUUUAUCAUAGAAAUUAGUGCAACCCUGGACACUGAAGGUUAUCAGUUGAUUUUGCUAUUUGAAUGGUUUUAAAACCAAUCAGUUUCAGUUAUAGUCCACUUCACAAAAAAAUGUUUCAAAGCAGUAGCACUUAGUCCUGUCUGUACUUGCUUGGGUUGCAGUUCAUCAAGUUUUUGAUGCUGGGAAAUAAGACUGGUCUUUUCAAUUUCGUACUAGAACUGUAGGGUGACCGAGUGACCUUCAUUUUGAUCAUUCUGGCAGGACAGGUGUUUGUUUUUUCUUACCCAGUUGCACCGGGUAAAACAAAUUGCAUGACGUGUAAUUGUAAAUAAUUGUACAUGUAACUUUGUACAGAUAAUGCUAUUUUCUCCUAAGUGUCAUCCUCGUUGGUGAUGGUAUCAUCUCCGUUGAUGAGCUGUAUCAUAUGAUGUAAUCAUGAGUAAUAUAAUAAAACGGGGAAAAAAGUAAUGUUCA